AUGGGAGGCGUACCAACACAAUGUUGGUGUGGUAAGAAUGUGGCCACCUUUGUCUCAAAGACCGAAAAGAACCCAUAUAGGAGGUUUUACAGGUGUGAGAUUGCAUUUCAGAGAAAGACGGAGAGACAUCUUUUCAGAUGGGUCGAUGAAGCAGUGAUAGAUGAGAUAGGGAAGGUGGAUGCAAAACAUGAUGAACUUGUGAAUGAUGUUAAGGAUCUGCGAGAGAGUAUGAUGGAGCGCUUUAAGUUUCAAGAAACAAGACUUGAGAAGGUGGAAGAAGAAGCUAUGAGAGUUAAGAUGAAUGAAGAGAUGAUUGAAAGCUAUGAUAGGAUAUGGUUCUUUGGAAAGGGAUCUAAUAACUGA